CCCCCAAAUCUCCAAGCCAUCCGAAUUCCCGAUCGCCGGCGAGAAACCUCCGCCGCCGCCGCCUCGCUGCCGCCGCCACUACAUCUACAUGGCGGAGGACCUCGCUGGCGCGGGAGCCGCGGCCGCCCCGGACCCCGACGGACCCGACGGCGUCCGCAUGACCUGGAACAAUUGGCCCCGCUCCAAGUUGGAGGCGAGCAAGUGCGUCGUCCCUGUAGCCGCUUCCAUCGCCCCGAUCCGCGCCUCCCCGUCUCUCCUCGUCCUCCCCUACAACCCCCUCCGUUGCAAGCCGCCGUGUUCCGCGGUUCUCAACCCCUUCGCUCGUGUCGACUUCGCCGCCAAGAUUUGGAUCUGCCCCUUCUGCUUCUCCCGCAACCACUUCCCCCCUCACUACGCCGCCAUCAGCGAGGCCGUUGUCCCCGGCGAGCUGUACCCCCAGUGCACCACCGUCGAGUACGCCCCACCGCCCCUCGACCACUAUUCCGCCCCCUCCUCACCCCAGCCGCCACCCCCCGUGUUCCUCUUUGUCAUUGACACCUGCCUCAUCGAGGAGGAGCUGGGAUUCGUGAAGUCGGCCAUGCGCCGGGCCAUUGGUCUGCUUCCUGAUCACGCCCUCGUUGGGCUUGUCACCUUCGGUACCCAGGUCCACCUCUACGAACUAGGGUUCGCAGAUGUGUCCAAGAUCUUCGUGUUCAGAGGGACCAAGGAAAUAUCCAAAGACCAGAUAUUGGAUCAUCUUGGGCUCUCUGCAUCCAGCGUCCGCCAUGGUGCCGCUGUUGGAGCGCCGGGAUAUCCCAAGGUGCCGCAAGCCAAUGGGUUUCAUCCAUCUGGAUCGGUCAAUAGGUUCCUGCUCCCGGCAGCAGAUUGUGAGUACGCUCUCAGUUCGUUGUUGGAUGAGCUGCAGACAGAUCAGUGGCCAGUUGAAGCAGGGAAUCGUGCUUUACGUUGCACAGGGGUUGCCCUAAAUGUUGCUUCUGGCUUGCUGGGAGCUUGUAUGCCUGGUACUGGGGCUCGCAUCAUAGCUUUGGUUGGUGGGCCAUGUACUCAGGGCCCUGGCAUGAUUGUCUCAAAAGAUUUCUCAGAGUCAGUGCGCUCUCAUAAAGAUCUUGAUAAAGAUGCAGGCACGCAUUUUCACAAAGCUGUUAAAUUUUAUGAUAAUUUGGCCAAGCAGCUAGUUAACCAGGGCCAUGUGUUGGACCUAUUUGCUUCUGCAGUUGAUCAGGUUGGGCUUGCAGAGAUGAAAGUAGCAGUGGAGAGAACGGGCGGACUUGUAGUUCUUGCUGAAAGUUUUGGACACCCAGUUUUCAAAGACUCCUUCAAACGAAUUUUUGAAGAUGGCGAGCAGUCUCUUGGUCUUUCUUUUAAUGGCACACUUGAGAUCAACUGUUCAAAGGACAUCAAGAUUCAGGGAGUUAUUGGACCAUGUACAUCUUUAGAGAAGAAGGGAGCUCUUUGUGCCGAUACUAUUGUAGGCCAAGGAAAUACAACUUCAUGGAAAAUGUGUGGUCUUGAUAGGACUACUUGUUUGACGGUAUUCUUUGAAAUUUCACCAAGUGAACGGCCAAACCAAUCUGGAAUUCCAAAUCCACAAUUAUAUAUACAGUUUUUGACCAAUUAUCAGGGCCCUGAAGGUCAAAUGAGGUUACGGGUUACGACUGUCACUAGAAGAUGGGUGGAUGGUUCUUGCACAGAGGAAUUGGUUGAAGGAUUUGAUCAGGAAACUGCAGCUGUUGUUUUUGCAAGAUAUGUGUCCUUGAAAAUGGAGAUGGAGCAAGAAUUUGAUGCAACACGAUGGUUGGAUAGAUCCCUUAUCCGCUUUUGUUCAAGAUUUGGUGAUUAUCGAAAAGAUGACCCUGCUUCGUUUACGCUGAAUCCAAAUUUCUCAAUCCUCCCACAGUUCAUGUUCAAUCUGAGGCGCUCACAAUUUGUACAGGUUAUUAACAAUAGCCCUGAUGAAACUGCUUAUUUCCGCAUGUUGUUGAAUCGUGAAAGCAUCAGCAAUUCUGUUGUCAUGAUACAGCCUUCACUUCUUUCAUAUUCUUUUAAUUCACCUCCUUCUCCUGCAUUAUUGGAUGUCGCUUCUAUAUCUGCCGAUCGUAUAUUGUUGCUAGAUGCAUACUUCAGUGUUGUUAUCUUUCAUGGGAUGACCAUUGCUCAAUGGCGCAACAUGGGUUACCAGAAUCAGCCUGAGCAUCAGGUCUUUGCUCAGCUGUUACAAGCUCCCCAAGAUGAUGCCCAGAUUAUCAUCAAAAAUCGUUUCCCUGUCCCCAGAUUAGUUAUUUGUGAUCACCAUGGCUCACAGGCAAGAUUUCUGUUAGCGAAGUUGAAUCCAUCAGCUACAUAUAACUCUGCCCAUGAGGUUGCACCAGGGUCUGAUGUCAUCUUCACUAAUGAUGUUAGCCUUCAAAUAUUCUGUGAGCAUCUUCAGAGGCUGGCUGUUCAGUCAUGAGGACUUUGUAUUUGACUUGUUUUGAGUGUGGUUUGAUGUGCAUUAUCUGGCUCUUUGGCAAGAACAAGCAAAUCCAUUGCUCUUUGGUGAUUUAAGUUUAUUAAGAAAUGGUGACGCACAACUUAGGUGGAUUUCUAGUCUCCCUGUAUGAGGAAUUUGGACAUGUGGCAGAUUAGGUUGACAUUUUUGGCUGGAAAUUCAGUCAGGAAAAAAACUUCAUUUCCUGCUUCUUUGGUACUUUCUUUUGUCUUUUUCUUUUCUUUUUUUGGUCAGAGGUUAUGAAGUCCAUAGCUCAUUAAAAAUAGACAAUUUUUGGAUCUAACCUUUAUAUAACUUUUAUUUUAAGGGAACAGUGUUUUGUGGAUGAAGCAUGCAAGACCUGAACACUGUUGUCUUGCCUGUUCUAUUAGCUUUUUUCAUACCAGUGCAAACGUGAUUUUUUUAUUU